AUGCAGUUUGUAUCAACACGGCGGCGGCGGCGGCGGCUGCCGCUCCUCAGGGGGUCCGGACAAACCGACGACAGCUCGGCCUGGCACGCGGCCCGGUUGUGCGAGGACAACGGCGGGGAGCCAUGGCCGAGGCGGUCUCUGCUCCGAACAAGGGAAAACGACGCUCUACACCUAUAACUUCCUCUUCACUACUGCCUCCACCCUCAGAGAAAGAUUCAUACCUACAAAGUACAGAGAUCUCCCUCUGGACUGUGGUGGCAGCCAUUCAGGCAGUGGAGAAGAAGGUGGAUUCUCAGGCUGCCCGAUUACAGACCCUAGAGGGACGGACAGGGACAGCAGAGAAGAAACUGGCUGAUUAUGAGAAGACAGCAGUAGAGUUUGGGAACCAGCUGGAGGGCAAAUGGGCUGUAUUGGGGACCUUGGUACAAGAGUAUGGGUUGCUCCAGAGGAGGCUAGAGAAUAUGGAAAAUCUUCUCAGAAACAGGAACUUCUGGAUCCUUCGGCUCCCCCCAGGCACCAAGGGCGAGGUUCCUAAGGUUCCUGGGACUUUUGAAAAUGAUGGAGUUUAUUUCUCAGAGCAAGAAUGGGAGAACUUGGAUGAUUGGCAAAAAGAACUUUACAGGAAUGUGAUGAAGAGCAAUUUUGAGACCCUCGUCUCUUUGGACUGUGCCAUUUCCAACCCUGAAAUCCUGGCCCACCAGGAAGAAGAAUCCAGUACAGAGGACCUGGGAGAUUUGGCUGGGGAGAGCCCUAGUGGCCCCUACCCAGUAGAUGGAGUUAUGAUUAAACAGGAGAUGAAGUACCACCAAGAAAGCCCUGAAGAUUUGCCUGGAGAGUUUUCUGGUAGUGUUGAACAGCAUACUCUGCUAAUCCCUGAACAGGCUGCAACUUGGGAUGGGCAGAGCAAUUCCAUCCUUUUGGAGACUGACCCAGAAGUUGCUAAACUAGAAGAAGCUAUUGAGUGUGACCAGGACCGAAGUGAGUCCAAAACAUUGGGUUUUCAUCGGAAGCGAAAAUCUAGUGGGCAGGCCCGAUCAGGUCAGGAGUGCAGACAAGGCAUGAGGUUGAAAAGGAGCCUGGCCCACCCACGGAGCCCCCCAGCUACCAAUUCAUAUGAAUGUUCUGAAUGUGAUGUCAGUUUCCGAUACAAGCAGCAACUAGCUGUUCAUAUGAGGACCCAUCCUGGUUGGGGGUCCUUUGGGGAGCCAGAGCCUGAGGAAAAUCUACGGCCCAGGCCUCAGCUCAAACCUCAGGCCAAGAAGGUUAAGCCGCAUCGGUGUGAGGAGUGUCUGAGAAGUUUUAGCUGUAAGGCAAGUCUUGUGACCCAUCAGCGAUGCCAUCUGCAGGAAAGUUCGAGCAUGGGUCAACGAGUUCAGGAAAGGUUCUCACCCAACAGCCUGGUUGCACUACCCGGCCAUAUCCCUUGGAGGAAGAGCCGCAGCUCACUUAUCUGUGGAUAUUGUGGCAAGAGUUUCAGCCAUCCUUCUGACCUGGUACGGCAUCAGCGCAUUCACACAGGUGAACGGCCCUACAGCUGUGCACAAUGUGAGAAGAGUUUUGUCCAAAAGCAGCACCUAUUACAGCACCAGAAGAUCCACCAGAGAGAAAGGGGUGGGCUGGGUCUGGAACCUGGAGGGAAUGAUGGGUUACUCUAAGGAUGCCGGCCCCUCAUCUAUCCCUGGGGCAGGGGGGGCCGGCAGAAGCCCCCUGGAAAGUCACUGUGCAGGGGUGAGGCAGCUCUCAACUAGAUCCUGCCUAAGAGCAGGGUGAGCUCAGCCACUCCCCUACCCUCUUCUCUCCUUUCUCCGACCAAGCACUAGACUGAGCCCGAACUCUUCCCUGAAAAUCAUGCUGAGAUGGGGUAGGUAGCCUGAAAGCCAGGCUUCCUUAUCCUGCCUUCCACCUGCUAAUGAGUCAGCCAUUCUUUGGAAUCCUUUGUGCCUCUGUUUUUCACAUUACCCCAGGGCUUGUGGGUUGGAGUGAUCUAAGGUCUACCACCUGGUGGGAACUUGUGUUAAGUUGCCAGGCCCUAGUAACAUUCUUCACAAGAAUCCCACAAUAGAAAUUCCCACAGAUGCCCCUUCUACCCCUCUAGGUGACCUGUGAUUGCCUCCAAGGCCUAUUUGGGUAUUUUGUAACUGCCUCUCGGGGAGUGGGGCCAGAGGUAUUAGCAAUCCUGUGGCAGGAGGUUGGGAAGCACAAUAUUGCAUUUGUUUAAAAAAAAAAAAAAAAGUUAUAUUGGUGUUAACAUGUAGAAGGAUUAACUUAAAUGAGCCACUUUCUUUUCUCUGCUGGUAUCUGUUUUGAUCUCAAUUUGAGGAUUUUUUUCAUUUAAUUUUUAAAACCAGGAUUUCUGACAGUUGGGUUUUGUUUUGUUUUUGAUUUUGAUUUUUGUUUAAUUCUAAAAGAAGUGGUUGUUCCUAACAAUGGGACUGGGCCCACCCUCUAGGAGGGAAUAAAGGAUAUGAGGUUUCUUUAGUGUUGCCUUCACUGUGCACAAAUCAGGGAGCAGAGAAUGCUUCUGGUGUCCCUCUGACUAGCUCCCGAAAGUCGUAAGUAAGAAUGACUUUAUUAGAGGAUCAAGGGGAAGAGAGAAAGUGGCCAAAGCUCUAAACCCCUGAAAGAUUGUGAAGGCAAACUUUGAGCCCUUUCACUGGAAUAAAUGUAAAAUCUGGUUUCAGGGCUUCACUUUUGAGCAAGGAACUGGGCCUAUUUCUUCUGUAAGUAUGUAUGGACUUAGUUGCUCCAUGAGGGUCUGUGUCCUUGGUUUAUCAGGGUUUUUCAGGUUUUGGAAUUGGCUGUGGGUGUUUGUUUCAGAGGGACAAUAAAAGGAAGUAUCCAGUUCCUCACCUCUGAAGCCGAUGCCAAAUGCUCAUUACUAUUACUGAUGUCUCUGGUGGAAAAGAGGGAGAGGGUUCCUGAGAAAGACAGGAAUUCCUCAUUGUGCUCUGCAUAGAAUAAAACUGCUAACUAGCAAAAAGCCCUUAUCUGGUGUUUUCCUCCUGUCAAAAAUAACUUUCCUACUUUUGGGAAGUUGAAGUGAGAGAGGCAGCCUUACUUGGAGUGUUAUGUUGGAGGAAAAUGGCCAAGAAGCUUGGACUUAAGGCUCUGUAGAGUCAGCAACUUCCAUUGCAUUUAAAUCCAGGUCAGCUACAUGACACAGAUUUGUCCUGCCAUAGAACUAAACCUCUUAAUGUUUGCAAGAACACUCGGUGUCUUCUCUGCUUUGUGUCCUUUCCCUAAAUUUCUUCCUUUAAAGACACUCCUUUUAGUCCUCACAGGAUUAGACUUAUCAUAUUUUUUGAACAUUUGUUUUAUAAACAAGAGAGUAAUAGGCAUUAUCACUUACUUAGAUAAAAGAACUAUAAUAUUUGGUAAAUUUGAUGAUAACUAACAUUAUUGCUGUGAGUAACCCUUACAGGUUCUUAGUCUAAUUUCAAUUUUGAUAGUUCAUUUCUAAUUAAAAUUAGUAAAAUCUACCUAGUGAGGCCACCACAAUUUAGUGUCUCAUUUUCAGUUUUUUAGUAUUACAACUUUGACUUGAGAAGGACAGUGAUGAGCUGAUGAAUACUAACUACAUUUUUAAGAGAUGGCUUUUUUAUAAACAAUGAAAACUUACUAAAUUAUAGUGGGGGACAUGCUUGGCCUGAAAAACCAUACCCUGGACAACUCAGGAGAUUAAAUAAACAUUUAGAAAGUUUGUUGAGCAUAAUAAUAAAGCAAAAGAAGUUGGAUGUUUCUUACAGAUAUUUCCAUCAAGCUAAGAUCGAGAUCUGAUAUAUGUGGAGAAGAGUGAAAAGUAUAUAUACUAUGUAGUAGGCUGUAAGGAUACAGACGUCGUGACACUUGUUGCCUAUUUGUCAAAACAGCUUGUUCGGAAACUGAACAAAGCUUAAGGCUUGUAAAACAAAACAAAAAAACAGGCCACUGCAGAAUUUCCCCAAUAUAUUUUGGGAGUAGUAUGGGGGCAGUACUAGUGAGAAGCAGAGCAAGGCCAUUUCCUAAAGAGGUUUGCCAUCAAUACCAUUCUAUGGUAAACUGAUGGUCUGAAGGAUAUAAUUGCUAUAUUUUCUAUUUCAUUGUUGCUUCAUUCAUGUACUUCUUCCCCAGAAGAGUUCAGAAUCUUGCAUCUGAUGUAAAGGGUGGAGAAAUUCUAUGAAAAAUUAGGCAAAGCCCUUCAAAUUGAAUCAUUAUAAACCUUGAUGUCUCUGUGCCAAGUGGUAAACACAGAGGAAGUACAUAGAGUAGGGAAGUAGAUUCUGUGAUAGUUUCAUUAGUAUAAGCAACAACUAGGUGAGGAAAAGUUCUCUGCUAAUGCAGGGUUGCAGUGAGCUUCAGAAAGUUGCCUAGAAUUCUGAGGGCAAGCAGGUUUCCCAAGUGCGGCUUAGCUUUGAGGCCAACAUGAAGAAAUAUACAUAAAUCAAAAGUAAGAAAGCACACAGAAGUAAAUUCUUUUAAGAAAAAUGGGAAGUUGAUAAGGUCAGGUCAACGUGACAAAAAGUGAAAAUUAUAUUUUAAGAGAAAAUUAUUGAUGUAAGGAUCAUUCCUAAAUCAAUUUCUAUAUGCAAUUCAUUCCUAAAUCAAUUUCUACAUGCAAUUAAACCACUGACUUAGAGGAAAAAAUCUAAAUUAGUACAAAGUUAAGCGGAUGAAUAUUCAAUUUGGGAAUUUGGAAAAAUAAAAAUGAAGAAAAUGGCACAGUAUUAAAAUUGCAACCUUAUUUUAAACGAGUUCUAACUACAUAGAAUAUGGACUUGAUUAUAAGUUUUAUGCAGAUAUUUAACUGAUAUAAAUAAUUUAAUAAAAAAAGGAAACCAAAAUAUCAUAGAAACUGCAUCAACCACUAAACAUGACUUGAUCUGGCCAAGGACAGUACUAAUUUAGGAAAACAGGUCAUUUAUAAAAUCUUAGAGAAAAGAUGGAGAAGUAUUGCUUUUAUAUGCAAGCUUGUUGAAAGAUCUAAGCAAAGUCAUCUGGAGGAAUCUGAUGAAGCUGAAAGGACAGCAAACAUUGCAAAAUUUCUAGAAAGAUUGUUAUAGCAAACUUUACUUUCAAGGAUAGUUGAGCUCACCACAUUUGGAUUCAGUAUAGUUCUGGAUGUUCUGAUGGAGGAAAUGGCACUAAAGAAAACCAACGGAAAAGACAUUUGGAUUGCACUAAGGAGUUAAGUGCUUGGGGUGACUUAAGUUGGAGAGCCCUAAGAAAUCAUUUCUCAAGUUUGUGAAAGGAAAGUGUAGAAGUGAAAAAUCUCAAAUCCUCAUCAAAAAAAAAAUCUCAAAAAAUAGUUACUAAUCUGUUUGCCUAUUUUCCUAUCUAUAUACAUUUUUUUUUUUAAAUCUUUGGCACACAUUGAGGGAGUCAUGAGGUUAAGUUAUAAACACAUUUCAAGCAAUAGGCAAAUAUAUGACUUAAAGGCAAGAUAACAUUUAUUGUGCUUACUGGUUGACCAUAAAAAAGCACUUGAUUUUGUUAAGCAAAACAUUUCCAUAAAGGCUUUUCUCCAAAAAGUCUCCCAUAAUAAAAUCCUAUCUUGAAAGAUGUGAAGACUUUGUUCAGUGCCCCUCAAAUUAUUGGGCAAGUGGACAUGUAUACAUGGCAAAGGUUAAAUCUAAUUCCCUAUAAAUGGUGAGGCCCUCUUUGUAGAUGGCAGUUUAUCAAACAUCAAGCCCUGGAAUAUUGCAGAUUUCUAAAUGAGAUCAGUAAGUGCAAACUUUAAUUUUGGAACAAAGUUUCUGAUAGUAGCAUAUAGUUUUGAAUUGGGAAAUAUUACUCUGAAGAACUGAAGCUAAUAUUCAGUGCAUAUUGGGUACAUUACAAAUGAGAAAUUAUUCCUGAAAAGUCAGGAAUUGAAAAUAUUAAGUGUUGGGCAUAUAGAUUGUGAGUCCACACACUCCAUUGGUAUCCAUUUGUUGGAAAAAAAAAAAUCCUCGGCAUUUUGGGUGGCAGCUAAGCACUGGCAAAUUUGUGGGGCAAUACAAAUGAGGGUUGGAUUUGGAUAGGUUGAGAUUUUUGUCUUUGGGUGGUGAACUCAUAUAGGAAUGUUUUCUAUUUUUCUUAAAAAAGCAAAUCAUCUGAUGACUCAUUCUGUCCCUAUUACAUGGAGCAUGGCAGAAAGCUCUUGUUUAGUUUAUGGUGUGACCUAGAAAGAGGAACCAAAUCUAAUUAAAGUCCAGCUUAAGAGUCAAAAGUGGCACAAAAGCCAUGAGGAAGAGCCUGCAAAAGGAGAUUGUUUCCUGGCCCUUCAUGAGGCUAAAAGUUUUGGGGAUUUUGGUCAGUGUGGUGCCCUGGCCUUAGGAGGAAAAUGAAAGCUUAAGGGGUUCCUGAUUCAAGAGUGAUGUAAAUGUCCAAGGAAGAAGUUAAGCUUCAUAAGAUACUAAUUUUUAUUUCCUGUAAAAUGGGGAAAAUAAGUUUUUCACAUUAAAAACAAGAGUACCACCAGGUAAUAUGUAUCUGGAUAUACCAGACAGCAUUUUUACAACUGAAAUUAUAUGCAGUAUUUGUUUUCAACAACAUGUAGUUACUUUUAAGCUCUGUAAUGGGUAAUUAAAAAAUUCCCCAAAA